AUGUACAAUGUCCCAUCACCACGAUAUUCCCAAGGGUAUAAACUCUUCAAGUCCCUCCCUGAGACAUGGUUUGGAGAUUCCAAGACAUGCUUCAACAGAUACCCGACGCAGCCUCUGAAGACUGGCCUAUAUUUCUGUUACCUGCUGGAGAUGAGCUUCUACCAGUCUUUGCUGCUCACUCUGCCCUUUGAUGUGAAGAGGAAGGACACCAUGGAACAGAUCAUCCACCACUUUAUUGUCAUCAUCUUGUUGUUCAUCUCCUAUUGCGGCAACCUUUUGUCCUUUGGUGGCGUGACAUUGCUGCUACAUGAUGUAACUGACAUCUUAUUAGAGGCCAGUAAGAUGUUCCUUUAUGCACAGUGGAAACAUGCAUGUGAAAUACUCUUCUACAUCUUUGCUGUGAUGUUCAUUGUCAACCGGCUCAUUCUCUUCCCAACCAAAAUCAUCUAUGUAUUCUUCUAUCAUUUCACGUGGAAGCCCUUCUUUGCAUAUAUUUUUACCUUUGUCCUUCUGAUCAUCCUGCAGGGACUCCAUGUCUUCUGGACCUACUUAGUUCUCCAAAGAAUCUAUUUAAGGAUUAUAUAUAAGGAGAAGAGUGAUGUGAGGAGUGACUUGGAGGAACAAGACACAAGUGAUGAGCAGUUAGAGAAGACAGAGAAGCAGAUGAAUCAGAGGCUCCAGGCCAAUGAAGUCCCCAAUUCCUGCAACUUCCUCCAGACUUGA